CUAUGACUGUGGUUUGGUCCUUCUUCUUUAUAUUAUUCUGUGUUGUAGGGCCAUACCAAUUGAUUCCGGUGAACUGAACCUUCACCUGAAGUACACUUAUUUAAUCGGCUGUGUUCCAUUAUGCCUACUUUUACACUUGCGUCCUAAUCUCAACUUGUGCUGAAAUAAGUGACCAAUAAAAGGAACAAAAAAUUUGCCUUCAUCUAAAACCUUUGUGACGCAAGUUUGGUCGCACAUACGCUACAUAGAAUAUGCUAAUAUUAUAAGUCUCUUUAUUCCAUCCCAUGCACUGUUUCUGAGUUGUGCCAUUAGCAGAUAUGGAUGCCGCAACAUCCCAUUCAGCCCACGGGUGUAAAAUUCUUCAUCUGGUGAGGCAUGCACAAGGUGUCCACAACACAGAAAUAGGGAAGGGUCCUGAAGCAUUGUUAUCUCAAGAGCUUUUUGAUGCACAACUCUCUGAUCUUGGUUUCAAGCAGGUGGAAAAAUUGCGGAAGGAGGUUGAAGACAAAGGGUUAACUAAGAAAAUUGAUUUAGUCAUCGCUUCUCCCAUGUUAAGAACUUUGCAAACAGCUGUUGGAGUUUUUGGUGGUAAAAGCCAAGCAAAUCGGUUUGAUGUGCAUACUUCAACUGCAGGGAAUUGUGCCAAGUUCGAUGGUCCUCCAAUUAUAGCUGUUGAGCAGUGUCGAGAACGUUGGGGGCUUGAACCUUGUAAUAGGAGAAGAAGUAUCAGCGAGUAUCAGAAUCUUUUCCCGGCAAUUGAUUUUCAAUUGAUAGAAAGUGAAGAUGACAUUUUGUGGAAAGCUGAAGUUAGAGAAUCCUAUGAAGAAGUUGCGGCAAGGGGAAUGAAGUUCUUGAAAUGGUUGUGGACUAGGCAGGAGAAAGAAAUUGCUAUAGUUAGCCAUGGCAUAUUCUUGCAGCAAACGCUGAAAAAACUUGUAAAAGAAAAGAAUCAAUCAAUGGAAAAUCUAUGUUCACGGUUUGGCAAUUGUGAAAUUCGGACAGUGGCCAUCAACAUUGCCGACGCAAGCGUGUUUUAUCUUCCCAGUGACGUUACAAAAGAGAACACCCAAAGAAAGGAGGCGUCCAACUAAUUGCCCGUGGGCGUUCGUUGUAGCAGAGGAACUUUUCAAGGAUUUGAGUGCUUAAAAUUUGAUUCAUAUCCAAAUUUUAUGUAAACCAAAAACCCCCCGG